AUGGCCGAAAGGGCCUUCCGGUUCCUUGGCUCCUCCGAGGAGGAAAGCAAGGAAAAUAGUGAUGGCGGCGGCAGCGGCUGGAGCGGUGACGACGAAGCCAGGAACGGCAGCAGCGACAGCGACGACGACGGCGACGACAGCAGCAGCGAAGACGUGCCGGCGCGAAGCCCCAAGCGCCACGGCGUGCGCACUGUAGAGCUACGCCGCGGAGAAACCUUCUCCAGUUCUCCCCUCGUCACCGCCUCCCCAACCGCGUCGCCCACCUUCCGCCACGACCGCUUCACCUACACCUCCAUGAUCCACCUCCUCGGCGAGGCUGGCCGCGUUCAGGCCAUGCUCCACCUCCUCGCCGAGAUGCUCCGAGCUGGGGUGGCGCCCGAUGCCGCCACCUUCACCACCAUCAUGCACUGGCUCGUGCGGGCCGGGGACGUGAAUGGCGCCAUACGGGUGUGGGCGGAGAUGAAGGAGAGGAGCAGGCCCACCAUCGUCAGCUACACGACGUGCGUCACGAUCCUGUUCGAUGCCGGGAUGGCGGAGGAGGCGCGGAGGGUGUUUGGGGAGAUGGUGGCUGAGGGGCUGCGCCCGACUUGCAAGACAUACACCGUGCUCAUCGAGCAUCUUGCCAACGCAGGAAAAUUUGAAGCUACUCUUGAGAUUAUGGACAAGAUGAAAGAAGCAUGCAUAGAACCAGACAAAGCACUUUGCAAUAUUCUGGUCCAGAAAUGCUCCAGGGCUGGUGAGACAUCAGUUAUGACUCGCAUUCUUCAGUACAUGAAGGAACGUUUCAUUGUUCUUCGCCGGCCUAUUUUUUUGGAAGCACUAGAAGCUUUAAAAGCUAGUGGUGAUAGUGAUGAACUUCUUCGGGAAGUAAACCCCCAUCUUUCGUAUGAAGGCAUUGAAUCUGACCCAAUAUUGUCUGACCAAGGCUACAUUACUGAUAGAAGUACUAUUAUCUACCUUUUAUCUGCAAAAAACUGGUAUGCUAUAGAAGAAAUGAUUAACAAAAUGGCCUCAAAGAAUGUGAAAAUGGAAAACCAUAUCCUAUCUGAUGUUAUGGAGGCAAGUUGUGCAAACUAUAGACUGUCUUGUGGGCUUACAGUUAUGCGUUAUAGUUUAAGAGUAGGCUGUGAACUUUGUAGGUCUGCAUAUUGUUCUCUUCUUGGUCAGUACAUCAGAAACAGUUCAUUUGAUUUAGUUGUAGAGAUUGUUGAAGGAUUAAUUAAAUCUGGUUGCAAUCUGGGGACAUAUCUAUCAUCUAUUUUAAUACUCAGACUGGGUUAUGCUGGGCAGUCUGCAUACGCAGCUCAGAUUUUUAGAUUGUUGACUGCAGACAAGAAUGUAGUUUCCUACACAGCCUUUAUCAAUGCCUAUUUUCAAGCUGGCAAAGUUGACCGUGCUCUUGAUCUAUUCACACAAAUGAAAACUGUGGGAAUACCUGCAUGCUCGGGAACAUAUGAAGUCCUGAUACAUGGCUUACAAAAGGCUAGGCGGAGGGAGGAAUCAGAACACUACAGAAGAGAAAGAAUGAAUAUGCAAUGGCAUCUUCAGUAUCGUGAUCAGUGCUCACCUGAAGAUAGUUUAUGUAACUACCUGUUUUGUGGCCUACAUGGAUGAUUUUUAAAGAUGAUUUCAUAUACAGUGUUCUAAUCAUUUCAGCUCCAU